AUGACCGGUAGAGGCCAUAGACAGAGAAGUUUUUGUGAUUUAGACUUUUUACCAUUCAACAUGUGUUGGUAUGAUUGUGGUUGUGGUUGUGGUUGGGAUUGGGAUGCGUUUGUCAAUUGUCUCGGUCGAUGGUGGCGAAUUCUGUAUUUCGAGUUCUUCCGUGCGUGGGUUCGUACAGGGGAAGGUACGGACAUUGAGAUUGGAGAUGAAGGGAUUGUGAGUACAAAGCUCCGGGUGCGAGUAGGAACCGAAAUCGACAAGGGGAAGGUUGAAGGGAAAUGCGAAUUGGAAUUGGAAAUCGAGUUCAAAGAGGAGGUAGAGGUAGAGAUCGCAGUUGCGGUUGACGAUGAUAAUGAUGAUGAUGAUGAUGAUGUUGUUGUUGUUGUUGUUGAAGCUAAUGUCGACGAUGCUGAUUUUCGACUCGUAACAUCGUUAUUAUUAUUUUUUGUGUUAUUGUUGUUAUUGUUGUUGUUGUUCGUCGUCGUCGUCGAUGCAUUCGUCGCCGUCGUGGUCGCAGUUGGCUCUGUAAUUGUGGAGGUUGGCAUCGUUGACGAUGAUGUUGAUGACGGUUGGUUCGUUGAUCCUGACACUUCCUGGACUAUUUGA